AGAUGUAGUAGAAAAAGAGGAGUUGUGUUCAAGCUCUCGUCUUUUGUAGAGAGGUGUUUGUGUGUGGAAUAGGCAGGAUUUGGUUUUAUUCAGAAAGAAGAAGGCAUAAAAAGAAAAGGAUGCACAUCUUUCCUGGAUUAUUCUGAUUCUUAUUAUUCUGCUCAAACAAUUUCAGGAGGAAUUAACCCACAUUCAGGAUUCCUUUAAGAGCAUGAUGGACAUGGCAUCAGAAAUCACUGACCUCUGACGUGAUCGACUAGAAAGACUCGGAGAGACAUAAACAGGGGAUCUUUCUCCUGCGUUUUUGAGACUUUCUUUUUUGCAGAACUUGGUGGAACUUUUCAUAGAAAUUUCAACAUCAUAAGGAUAAAUGAUUUCCUGAGCAUUUACUUUAUUAUUUAACAGCAUAAACAGACAUGGUUUCUACAAAGAUUUAUGUUUACUUUUUACUUUAAGCUACUUUUACAGGCAGCUGUUGCCACUUGUUGCAAGAGCAAUUUUUUUCCCCACUUCUGCUGCGUCUCGCUUCAGAUUUUCUUGCCUGCUUCCAAGCAGCUAUUUCAGCUUUAAAACAAAAGUAACAGAGCGGAAGGCAGAUGGCACAGAAAGAAGGUGGAAGUGAGCAGGGGCGUGUGAAGGUGGAGGACAGUUUGGGGGCCAAAGCCAUGGCCGGGGGCCCCAUGGCAGGUGGAGGAGUGGUGGUGGAGGUUAGAGAGAAGAAGGGACCUCUGCGGGCCGCAAUACCCACAAUGCCUUUCCCUUUGGCUGUCAUCUGUCUUUUCCUGAACACAUUCAUACCUGGGCUUGGCACCUUCAUCUCAGCGUUCAGCGUGCUGUGUGGAGCUCGCAGCGAGCUGAUCUCCGAGCGAGGCGUCUGCUGCGUGUUCUGGCUCAACGUGGCAGCAGCUCUCAUCCAGAUCCUGACGGCCGUCAUCAUGGUGGGCUGGAUCAUGAGCAUCUUCUGGGGAAUGGACAUGGUCAUCUUGGCAAUUUCUGAUGGCUGCAGAGAUCAGGGUGUUCCUCAAGACGUCUGAGAGAAGCUGUUUUCUUAUUGGCUGCUGGAUCUGACACAGUUUGACCUGUUUAACCCUCCAGAGGCCUAAAAGCAACCUUCGAAACGAUCCACAGAUGUGAGAAGAACUGACUGUUUCUCAGAAAAAAAAAUCUUGGCUGCUGAUUGGUGAACACAAAACUGUUUAAAAGGGACAUUAAAAAAGGAGGCUGGCACUUUUGUUUUGUUGGUUAUUCGAUUUUUAUCUUUUAUUAUACUUUAUUUGCCAAACUUACAAAACUCUAAACACUUGUAACUUCCUUUUAGCAUGAGAAGAUGGAUUUAUAAGGUGUCGCCAUACAUUCCUGGGUAGACUGCUGUAGGUUUUUAGCUUGUAAACUUUGUUAGAAAGUUGUUGUUUUUAUAUUUAGAAAAGACGUGUUCUAGAUAAUGCUUUUUUAAUGUGGUAAAAUGUGGAUUUUCAGGUAAAUAGUGCUGAACAUUUUGGUUUGAAACACAAUGCUGGUGAACUGAAAGGAUAAGUUUCAGUGUUUCAAAGUAGUAUUAGCCUCUUUCCCUUCAGGUCUGUAAUACUGUGACUGUAUACUUCUCUGCUGAGCUUCAGUAUGUUUCCUCUUACAUUUUUAUCCAGGUUCAGGGGGCUUGCAUGUUCGGUUCCCCCACAUUUUUAUAUGAAAAGGGACAAAAUGUUCAAAUAAUGCAAAAAAAAAGGUUUACAAAAAUCACAUUAACUUACCCCCAGUAUUGAUAAAUCAGUCAGUAUGAGAUCAAUAAUUUGUCAAGAAUCGACUAAAACCUGGAAAUUAAACGUGAUGAUGUCAUUUUGCAAACAAUUAAAUGGACUGUAGCUGCUGUGACUCAUUCAUUUUGCAAAUACAGUCUUUUCCAAAGA